AGCCAAUAUGUGCGACGAAGAGGUUGCUGCGCUGGUGGUUGACAACGGAUCCGGCAUGUGCAAAGCUGGAUUCGCCGGGGAUGAUGCACCCCGUGCCGUAUUUCCAUCGAUCGUCGGACGCCCCCGUCAUCAGGGCGUGAUGGUUGGCAUGGGCCAGAAGGACUCGUACGUCGGUGACGAAGCCCAGAGCAAGCGUGGUAUCCUCACUCUGAAGUACCCGAUUGAGCACGGUAUCGUCACCAACUGGGACGAUAUGGAGAAGAUUUGGCAUCACACUUUCUAUAACGAGCUGCGCGUCGCCCCAGAAGAACAUCCGGUACUGCUGACGGAGGCACCAUUGAACCCGAAGGCAAACCGUGAAAAAAUGACCCAAAUCAUGUUCGAAACAUUCAACACACCAGCGAUGUACGUGGCGAUUCAGGCGGUCCUGUCGCUGUACGCUUCCGGUCGUACCACCGGUAUUGUGCUGGAUUCUGGCGAUGGUGUAUCACACACCGUGCCGAUCUAUGAAGGUUACGCACUGCCGCACGCAAUUCUGCGUCUUGAUCUGGCCGGUCGCGAUCUUACCGACUAUCUGAUGAAGAUCCUGACCGAGCGCGGCUACUCGUUCACCACCACGGCUGAGCGAGAAAUUGUCCGUGACAUUAAGGAGAAGCUGUGCUAUGUCGCGUUGGACUUCGAGCAGGAAAUGGCAACUGCCGCUUCAUCGAGCUCGCUGGAGAAGAGCUACGAACUGCCGGACGGGCAGGUCAUCACCAUCGGUAACGAGCGUUUCCGUUGCCCGGAGGCACUGUUCCAGCCAUCGUUCCUGGGUAUGGAAGCGUGCGGUAUCCACGAGACCACGUACAACUCCAUCAUGAAGUGCGACGUGGACAUCCGUAAGGACCUGUACGCCAACACGGUGCUGUCGGGCGGUACCACCAUGUACCCGGGCAUUGCUGACCGUAUGCAGAAGGAGAUUACCGCUCUCGCUCCUUCAACAAUGAAAAUCAAAAUCAUUGCUCCGCCAGAGCGCAAAUACUCUGUCUGGAUUGGCGGUUCCAUCCUGGCCUCGCUUUCUACCUUCCAGCAGAUGUGGAUCUCCAAGCAAGAAUACGACGAGUCCGGCCCAUCCAUCGUGCACCGAAAGUGCUUCUAAACACAUACACACACAUUCACACAAACAAAUACAUACA